AAGCUGCCAAUCAAAAUCCUUCAAUUUUGAAACAGAAAAUUGAAAGCUGCGAGAGCCACGAGAUUAUGAGGACAGUGAUAAGCAAAUAUCCGCAGCAUAUCUCACCGCACAAAACCAUGCCAAUCAAACCCACUUCACUUCCUUGUUUAAACCAUGGCAUUCUCUUCACUGGCAGCCUUUGCUUCACAUAUCCAAUAUGCCCAGAAAUCUUCCACAGAGGUAGAGUCGCCGCUACAACUUCAAUGACAAGAUUUAUAAUCUUAAAGUGCAAAAGCAGUGGCUCAGAAGAGGUAGAAACAGACAAUAACAAUUUGAAGGAUGCACUCUCUGGUUUGGUGGACCAACAAGUAGAGGAACUCUUGAAAAGGAAAGAGAACAGGGUUUUGCUUGAUGGCUUGGAAAAGGCCUCUCAGAGAGUGGAGAACGCCAAGAGGGAGCUUGCUGAAAUUGAAAGACAGGAACUUGAGGCUAAGCAAUUGAGGGAUUAUGUUAAUCAGCUUGAAAGGAGAGCUUUUGAGAUUGCCGAAGGUCAACGGGAAAUUGUUGAAGCCAGAGCCAUUAUUGAAGAAGCCGAACGCACAUUGUUGGUGAAAGCAGAUGGAAUAGAAGAUGGAAAUGCCUUGGUGGAGAAAGAAAGUGAGGGAAUUGACAGUGAUGUGGAGAGAUUGCAGUCCAUUAAAGCAGCUUCUGUAUCAGCUCUUAUUGGUAGCCUUGCCGGGCUUCCCAUCUCUUUUACUCAGGUGAAUUCCAGUUCAGAGCUGAUACUCCCUUUGUUAAUCAACUUUGUUAGCUGUGCAUUAUUUGGUAUUACCUUCCGAUAUACAAUAAGAAGAGACUUGGAUAACACUCAGCUAAAAACGGGGACAUCUGUAGCUUUUGGUUUUGCCAAAGGGCUCGGAGCUUUAUCUGUAGGACGACCAUUAGAACUAAACAUUGAAAGCUUCUUGUCACAUGCUUCUAAUGCUGCUCUGUAUGUAUCCGAGAACCUUCUAAUAUUUUUCUUCACCGCUGUUGGUCUGGAUUUCUGCUUUAAGAUGGGGCUUAUAAGUCCCUUCCCUAUGAGAAGAUCAGAUUCAUGUACUAAUACAAGGUGAAGAACCUAACUAGCAUAGCCCUGAGUACUCCAUGUUGGAUUCUUUUUUAUUUAUUUUUUUAAUCAAAGAAUAUUUCAAAGGAUGAAAGAAAACAUCAUUGUUCCAU